CUUUCCUGCGUACUCCUCUCGGACAAGCAACAAUAUUGUGAUUUAUUUCAAAACCGAGAUUUUUUUGUGUCAAACUCCGCCUUAUUCAUGAGAUUUUUGUUAAAUUCACAUGUUAAAACAUCUAACAGACUUCUUUAAGUCAGUAUUCAUCCGAAAAGCUCCCCAACAACCGCUUUCUUGGAAGGAUAUUCUAAAGGACGAACAAGCUUUGAUCACACCUUUAAAAAGAAGACGAACAAUGUUACUGCCGUCAAAUCGAAUCUUUCUCUGGAAAACCGAGGCGCCAGUGCAAAAAAAGAAAAUCCAAACCGGAUUGAAUUUUAUGUUCCAGUUUAAUCACGGAGAGGAGCAUUUUGUGAUAAAGACUCAGCGAGCUUUUGAGCAGAAGCUGGUAGAUGAAGCUUUGCCCAAGAUUUCAGCGCUAAUGAGGAAAAAGUCAAGGACCGAGGCUUCUGAGGAGGAUAUUUCGAUGCAAUUAGCCGCGGAAUUUGAAAAUUUCAAGGAUAUAAAUUUAAAAACGACUCUAGAAUUUGCUGAUGAUAAAAGGAUCUCAAAAUUAUUGGUUAAUGGCUCCGAAUUUGAAGUAAUUCGCAACGGAAUUCCAAUUUCUACAGUAUCAAUUACUCUUACACCGAUCGUCGGCCAAUUCUGUAUGCCUACAAUUGCCUACAAUAUCAAAGGAACUCGUGUACAGCUACAUUGGUUCGUCAAGGAUCAAAAAGAGACUGGAAAAUCGGAAAAAUUAGGUCCAACUCAGAAGGAUAACGAUUCUCUGAAACUGGCGUUCGAGGACGAGGCAGCUCGAACUUUUAAGCUGCAUGGAUACAGUUUUAGGCAUUCUGGGCCAUAUUUCCAGCCUGAUGAGAAGGAUGUUAGCCGGCUGGUCGCAGUCGUUGUGGAGUCUGGAAAAGAUCAUCCAGCCUACGCUGCAAUAAGUUCGAGACCGAUUUCCCAGCUCCACGAUGAGGUUAUUACUGACGAGCAGGUCAAAUGGUGCGAGGAAAUCUCAUUGGAAGAUGAUUCGACAAUUCGAAUAAUGUCGUAUAACAUUCUGGCUGACCUCUACCUAAACCUCACACUCCCACAAGAACAACUAUUCUUCAAUUAUUGCCAAAAAUCGAGCCAACGAAUUAUCUACCGAACACCAAUAUUCCUGAAACAGCUGCAUGAUUUCAUUCAUAGUGCCCGGUGCUCUCUGAUAUUCCUUCAAGAAGUUGAUCUCAGUCGUCAUGAGAAUUUCAUUGUGCCAUUUUUAAAUACGAUCAGUUAUUCUAGUGAAAUCGCGAAAAAAGUUGGAACAGUUUCCGAAGGAGUUGCUAUUAUUUUCGAUAGUCAGAGGUUUCAAGUGAUCUCUUCAAAGUGUUACGGAGUUGCCGAGCUAGCUAGUGGAGAUAUUCUAGGGAUCCUUGAGACAUCAGAAGAAUCGAAAGAACGAUUUUCAACUCGUCCCACAGUUUUGCAAAUUGUGGUUCUAAAAGAUUCCAGAACCGGGAAACUUCUAGUCUGCGGCAAUACACAUUUACACCAUAAUCCUAUAGAUGAACACGUGAAAGUGCUACAAGCAUUGACUUGUACACGGAAACUUUUGGAAAUUUACGAGGAAACUAGAGAAUUGAAUAAAGGAAUUGAGGUUCUUGUCUUAUUUGGAGGAGAUUUCAAUAGUACACCCAAUGGAGCUGUGUUUAAUUUGAUGAGCAUGGGUAAUCUCCCAAAAGAAGACGCCGUGUGGAAUUGCGACUCAAAAAUUACUCCACAGGAUAUAAAAAUCGAUAAGAAAAUGGAUUGUCUCACUGGAACACCAGAAUAUACAAAUUACACGGCAAGUAGCCAAAAGGAUGGAUUUGUCGGAUGUUUGGAUUAUAUUUGGGGAGUUGGAGCCACUUCAAUCCGCCACUGUCCACUUCCAAGCCACGAAAAAGUGAUAAAAUACACAGCACUGCCGUCUCCAAUCUCACCUUCCGAUCAUUUGCCAAUUAUUUGUGAUAUUAAAAUUUAAAUCUAUUAUAUUUAUAGGAAUUAAAAUGAAAAUUACUAUUCAUU